CACUCCUUACUUUACCUAAUUCUUCUUCUUUGCCAUGCAGCUUUGACCUUUGAGCCUUCAACCUACCGUUCUCGUGGCUGGAGCACUGGACUGGUCGUUCGACUUGGCACCGGACAGUCCCUUCUGCAAAUAGGGAUGACUCGUUUCAUCGCGUGUCGCUCUUCGUCUUACCCAUCUCCAUCUCCAUCCGCCUCGUGCUUCCGGUUUUCAGGAAUCCCGCGCCGCCCGCACGACAUGUCUGCCGUCUCCGCCACGAGCGACGGGGUGGCAGCCGCCGCCGCCGCCGCCGGCAUUCUGUUUUUGGUCGCCGCCGCCAUGCAUCAACCCGUCGCGGGAGCCGCACCCGCCGCUGCCGUCCACCACGUCGUCGGAGGCGACCCGGGCUGGCACGUAGCCUCGGACGUCCUCGCCUGGUCGACCGGCAGGCUCUUCACGGUUGGGGACACGCUCUGGUUCGCGUACGAGGCGGCGGAGGACGGCGUCGCGGAGGUCGCGGGCGAGGCGGAGUUCGAGGCGUGCGAGGCCGGCGGCGCCAUCAGGACAUACGCGGACGGGGUCAGCAGGGUCGGCCUCGACGGUGAAGGCGCGAGGUAUUUCCUCAGCGCGGACCCCGAGAAGUGCAAGGGCGGGCUGAAGCUGCGGGUCGACGUGCGGGCUACACGGCCGGUGCCGCCGCGGGCGGAGGACCGGGCUGUCGCCACGGCGCCCGCGCCGUCUGAGUCGACUGGCAGCCAUGUUGUGGCACCGCUGAUGCUCCCUGCACUGUGUUUGGCUUCCGCGUGCUUCUUUCUGUUCCUGGCUGCAUGAACACGGCGACCGUGCUGUGUUUGAUCGAGUUGUGAUGGGGAACGCCAUGAUGAUACGCAUAUCAUAUGGAUGGUAUUCCUAUGUGUGUCCGUCUCCUUCCGUGCAUACAUAAGAGUCGGCGAUUGUGCGUUUGCACGUCCAGCUGCA